UCUAAAAAAAAUCAUAAAAAAGUCAAGAAAAUCCUUAUAAAAUGAAUCUUCAACCCAAAGAAGAAAUAGUCCUUAAUUUUCCAAACAUUGAAAGAGACAUAUAGGGUUUGUCUCCCUCAUCCCAUUUUUCUCCGAAAACAAAAUUCACAAAUCCAGAAAAUCAAAAAUUUAAUUCAAUCAAUCAAUCAAUCAAUCAGCGAUCUUUUUCUCUCACUUUCUCUCCUCGCUUCCAGUGUUCGAUAGUAGCGAACAACAAUGGCGGCCGAAGCUUCUAGAUCUGCUGCUACUGGUUCCGCAGAUUCUUAUCUCGGCAGUUUGAUUAGCUUAACUUCCAAGUCUGAAAUCCGAUACGAAGGCAUUCUCUUCAAUAUCAAUACCGAUGAAGCUAGCAUCGGUCUUCGCAAUGUUCGAUCUUUUGGAACAGAAGGUCGCAGAAAGGAUGGUCAACAAGUUCCUGCAAGUGACAAAGUUUAUGAAUAUAUAGUAUUUAGAGGAAGUGAUAUCAAGGACUUGCAGGUCAAAUCUUCCCCACCCGUACAGACUGCUCCGCCAGUUCAUAGCGAUCCAGCUAUCAUACAGUCUCACUAUACCACUCCAACUGCAUCUUCAAGUAUUCCUACUGCUUCCGUUCCUUCUGCUGCUGGAUCCUUGUCAGAUUUUAGUAACCAAAUGUCACAGCCUGGAGUUCCAAUAACUACAUAUCAGAACAGUGUCCCCAUGUAUCCACCUGGAGGAAUUUUGGCUCAAUGGAAUCCUUCAAAUCCACCCACAACUAAUGUCAAUGGUAUCUCUGUGCCGAUGUAUUAUCAAGGAUAUUAUGGACCCUCAGGCUCCCAACAGGCACAACAACAGCCAUUGGUUCGACCUGGUCAAGGUUUUUCAAUGCCACCCUCAAUGCAGCCUCUACCCGCUGGAGCUCAACAACCCAUUCAGUAUCCAAUAAUGAAUUCAUCUAUACCCACUGGAGCUUCCAACAUACCAGAUUCGCAAUCCGUGGACUUUCCCCCUCUGUUGCUACAGCCUAUUGUUAGCAGCACUGUGUCUAUGCAAUCCAAUGUGCUUCCUGAUCAGUCUUCUGUGGUAGCUCAAGACUCCUCAACUAAUAGGAUGCCCUCCUUGGUUCCUGCUCAAGCUGUAUCAUCCCAGAGUACUAACUCGCCCCUUGUGCCACCUGUCACAUCUAAUGUGUUGGAUAAAAGCACUGUUGGACCGUUGAUCCCUAAUCAGGCAAAACCUAUGUCUACUGCUACUAUGCCCUUCAACAGCUUUUCUGAAUCCCUAUCUGCUGCUGGGGGGAAGUCCACUUCACCUGCACUGGUGACUCCAGGCCAAUUUUUACAACCUGGACCCACCGUAUCCCAGAGUGCACAAACAGAGCAGAAGGAUGUUGAAGUGGUUCAGGUACCUGCUUUGGUGUCAUCACCACAACCAUCUACAAUUUCAUCAACAGCAGGGAAUGCUCCAGGAACAGCAGAAGCUCAGGCACCACUUUUGCCGCUUCCCUCACCAUCAAAUUCAAAGGUAAAUGGGUUUCCUUCUCAAACUCGUUAUGUCAAUCAGGGUGGCCGUGGAGGAAGAAGAGGAGGAAAUGAGUUUUCUCGUCCUGUGGCCAACUUCACUGAAGACUUUGAUUUCGAGGCAAUGAAUGAGAAAUUCAAGAAAGAUGAGGUGUGGGGGCAUCUGGGUAAGAAUAAAUCGAAGGCUGAUGAUGGGUUAGAGGAUCAAGAUGAAGAUGAUGUUGAUGUGCUACAAAAUGAUUCAAAGCCUGUUUAUAAGAAGGACGAUUUCUUUGACACCCUGUCUUGCAAUGCACUUGAUCGCGAAUCUCGUAAUGGAAGGACUCGGUUUUCUGAUCAAAUGAGGCUAGAUACUGAGACGUUUGGCAAUUUCCCAAGAAACAGGGGAUUUCGAGGUGGGCGAGGACCCGGUGGUGGAAGAUCACGAGGUGGUUAUUACGGGAGGGGUUAUGGCUAUGGUUAUGUUGGAAGGGGGCGGGGGCAAGGGCAGGGGCAGGGGCAGGGGCAGGGUUAUGGGAAUAAUGUGUACCGUGCCAUGUAGUUGGCACACUGACAGUAUCCUAGUGAUGCAAAAGCUAAGGUUUGCUGAUCUCGUUUGUGGUUAUAGUGGUUUGGCUUGUUUAUAGAGAGACCCCAAGACCAAGAUUUAGAGGUUUGGCAAUAGGCGUAAUUAGGUUAAACCCAAUAUCCUUGUUUGGCAGAUUGAAGGAUACUUUCCUUUAUUGUUGGUAUUCUGGCAUAGGAUUCACAAUCUCUUGCUUCUUUAGAGUAAUGAGCUGAGCAAUUAAUGGGCACAUAUCGCUCACAUCUUAUGUAUUCUGUUUAGUUUGAGGUAGAUUCUAUGUAACUCCUGGCAAAAAUUGGCGGUGGCUUCAGCAGCAGAUGAUUUUAGUAUCUGCUGCAGUAGAAUAAACCUAAGUUAUGCGUUUAUGCUGGCAAUGAAUUAUGUUACUUUGAACUCUGUAGUUUGCAGUUGUCAUUGACAUGUACUUGGAGUAAAUUGAGUAAUUGUGAACUUGAUAUUGAGUACAUUAGUCAAGGGAGCAAUUUGAUGACCAUUGCUUUGGUAUUGUAUUUCUGUGUUUCAAACAAGUUUGCAUUUAUUAGUGUUUUAUGAGUUUCCGUUUUA